AUGGAUCCUAGAAUUUCCUUCUCCAAUGACUUUGCAGACACUCAACAAGCCACCAAGCAUGAAGCCAUCUACAGAGAAGCGCCAGUUUCAGCAGAUUUCGAGUUCUCUGUGAACAAUUUUGGUAUGAUAGCUGCCGAUGAAGUCAUAUUUCAGGGAACAUUGUUGCCCUUGAAGGACAAUGGUACCAACCAGGGAGGAAAGACUACUUUAAGAGAUGAGUUACUGGUUAAUGAUGAUUAUGGAGACAUGUUUUCGAGGCCAUCAAGGAGUUUAAGCCGAUGGAAGGAGCGAUUGGGACUCAAGAGGUCUCAGAUUGUUCCUAAGAAAACAGAUAGGAGUACUCAUGGGGGUCUGGAAAGCAUUGUUGAAGAGAGGAGGCAUGUGUUUGUUCAUGAGGCUAUACUUAUUAGCAAGGAAACCUAG